UAUGGCCCCUAUCUACGCCUUGAACACAAUUCAUUAGAGAAAGAUUAUGCUUAUCAUCAAAACAUACAUAGCAUGAAAAUUUUCAUAAAUAUUUAAUUUCGAAAUUAAAACAUGAAUGGAAUUUCAUCAGAAAAGCUCAAAACUUUUAACUUUACUGGAAAAGUUGUUGUAGCCUUGUAGGCUAGAAUUGCGUGGAAUGAGAAGGAGAUUUAAAUCAUAUGAGAAUUAUUUAAGUCCAACUUAAACAAAAGGUCAUGAUUAAUUUUUUUCAAAGAAAGAUAAGAAACGGUUGAAAUUAUAUACUACGUAAUAUAUAAAUAUUUAUUUAGUAUUUAACUUUUGUAUUUAUAUACGUAUAAUUCAAAGAUCACACGUCGUCACACAAAAAAUGAUAAAAAAAUUCAAAGUUUUUCCUAUAAGUAGUGGCCUUUUUUAGCUUUAAUUUUAGUGCACAACGAUCAGGCACUGGAUAGACAGGGCAUGCAGCGUUUCACGAUGGAGAGGUUGAAUAUUUUUGUUUGUGUGGCUCUUUCACUUUUCGUUUUUAGUUCAGUUUGCGGCGGUAUUGGAUUAGCCAAAGCUGAGACAAAUGAAGAUGGAACUGAAGAAUGGGGCUAUGUUGAAGUCAGACCAAAAGCCAAUAUGUUCUGGUGGCUCCACAAAAGUCCAAACAAAGUGGACGAUCCAAACAAGUCAUGGCCAAUUAUUCUUUGGUUGCAGGGUGGACCGGGAGCUUCUGGAGUUGGAAUAGGGAAUUUUCAAGAGAUUGGUCCUCUAGGUGUUAAUUUGAACCCCAGAAAUUCAACAUGGUUGAAAAGGGCUGAUCUACUAUUUGUGGAUUGUCCAGUUGGAGUUGGGUAUAGUUAUGUGGAGAACACAAGUCUCCUUGUGAAGACGGACGAAGAGGCAGCAACCGAUUUAAAAACUCUAUUAAUAGAGCUUUUCAAUAACAACACAAAUUUACAGAAAAGUCCUUUGUAUAUAGUGGGACAGUCCUAUGGUGGGAAGUUUGCUGUGAGUCUAGGCUUGUCAGCUCUCAAUGCCAUUGCGGCAGGGGAAUUGAAGCUCAAACUUGGGGGAGUGAUAUUAGGUGAUAGUUGGAUCUCUCCUGAAGAUUUUGUGUUCUCUUGGGGACCUCUACUGAAAGAUGUAUCAAGAAUUGAUGACAAUGGUUUAGAAAAAUCAAAUAGUUUAGCUACGCAAAUUAAGAAGAAACUUGAUGACGGACUAUUUACAGAAGCAACUGCACUGUGGGGUACCCUUCAAGAUGUACUAACCAAUUCCAGCAAUUCGGUGAAUUUCUACAACUUUAUGUUGGAUUCCAAUAUGGACCCUUUAUUGUCCACUUCUUCUGCUCUUAACACCUUAAUGAAUGGAGCUAUCAAGACAAAAUUGAAGAUUAUCCCAGGAAACAUUCAGUGGAGAAGCCAGUCCAGUGUUGUAUUUGCAAAUAUGCGGGGCGACAUCAUGAAACCAAGAAUAAGUGAGGUCGAUGAACUAUUGAAUAAAGGAGUGAAUGUGACUAUUUACAACGGACAAGUUGAUCUCAUUUGUGCCACCAAGGGAACUGAAGCAUGGGUUCAAAAGCUCAAGUGGGAAGGGUUAAAAACAUUCACUAGCAUGGAGAGACGUCCAAUGUAUUGUGGGGAUAAUCAAACAAGGGCUUUUGUGAAGUCAUAUAAAAACCUACAUUUUUACUGGAUUCUAGGUGCAGGACACUAUGUUGCGGUAGAUCAGCCGUGCGUGUCGCUAAACAUGAUUGGUGAAAUCAUACAGUCCCCUUCGACACUUCAAAAUGAGGAUUCUUACUUACAUGAAACAAGUUGAAAGAUCCCGAGAUAUUAUAUAUAUUAUUUGAAAAAAAUUGUUUGUAC